AUGAGGAGGGGGCAGAGGAGGAAGAGGAGGAGGGGGCAGAGGAGGAAGAGGAGGAGGGGGCAGAGGAGGAAGAGGAGGAGGGGGCAGGAGGAGGAAGAGGAGGAGGGGGCAGAGGAGGAAGAGGAGGGGGCAGAGGAGGAAGAGGAGGGGGCAGAGGAGGAAGAGGAGGAGGGAGCAGAGGAGGAAGAGGAGGAGGGGGCAGAGGAGGAAGAGGAGGGGGCAGAGGAGGAAGAGGAGGGGGCAGAGGAGGAAGAGGAGGGGGCGGAGAGACGGUAG